AUGUAUUAAUUCAAGAACGAAGGAAUUGAGUACACUUUUGAAAUCCCUUUGGCCAAGAAUUGCAAGACAGAUCAAAUAGUGUACUCUGGAGGAGGGAAUCAGUCAACAAUUGGGGAUUAUCAUAUAAGGGAGGGUGGUAAAGUAGAAACUGAAUAUUAUAGCAUUAGUUUGGAGCUGAUUAUUUGAUUUAUGAAGACAAGCCCGAAGUCUGUCAUUCGAAAUACACUUUGAAUCUGCAAUGUGAUAACUUGAUUGGGAUUAAUAGAUUGGCAGAGAAAACUGAUAAAAUAAGUUUGAUAGGCAAUAUGAAAAUUAUAAGAAAAUACAGAAGAACAACAAGGAAAGAAAAGCGAAAGCAAUAGUAAAGAUAAUUAUGA